UGACGGACGCCGAGAACAGCUGACAAAACAAUUGAGUUUAGUUGACAACAAUUUGCAGUAAAAAACAGUAACGGAGACUGUGCGUCCCGUAAUCAAGCAUUCUUAUGCUCAUACUAAAGUACAAACUAGCAUAACAAUAAAUUAUAAUUACGUAGUAUUUCGCUAUAGAUAUAACCAAGCACGCGCAUACACUCACACAUGUGUAUGUGUACGUUAAGAAUUGCAUACAUAUUUUUUUAAGGAAAUUGCAUAGUUGUUGCCGCUUGCCGCUUGCUGUAAAUGGCGUCCCAAGUUGUUAGACAGCUAAUUGGCUUGCAGCGCCAUCUGUCGGCCAAGGGCAAGUUGCAUCCCAUGGUAAAAGGAGCCGUUACAUAUGCAUUAUUAUGGCCCACGGGCUGUUUAAUUCAACAAACUCUGGAAGGACGUAAUCUGAAGACCUACGAUUGGGCACGCGCCUUGCGCUUCAGCCUCUUUGGGGGCCUCUAUGUUGCCCCUACUCUCUACGCUUGGGUGCGUCUCUCCAGCGCCAUGUGGCCACAGACGAGUCUUCGCAUCGGCAUUGUCAAGGCUAUAACCGAACAAGUUUCCUAUGGACCCUUUGCCUGCAUUAGCUUCUUUAUGGGCAUGAGUCUUUUGGAACUGAAGACAUUUUCCGAGGCCGUUGAGGAAACCAAGCAGAAGGCAUUGCCCACCUAUAAGGUUGGUCUCUGCGUUUGGCCCUUUGUCCAGACCAUUAACUUCUCCCUCGUUCCCGAACACAAUCGUGUUGUCUUCGUCAGCAUUUGCAGUCUUAUGUGGAUUAUAUUCUUGGCCUACACGAAAAUGCGUGAAGUGGAAAACUCUGAGGAAUUGGAAAAUCCAACAUCAUGAAUAAUAUUUGUAUAAUCGUAUUUGUUGUCUGUUGUGUAUAUAAACGUUGAUAUUUGUAUUGUAGAACAAUUUUUUAGGCCAAUAAAAUGCAUUUAAGCAGGAAUCGCA